CGGCCCCGGCUCACGUGAUCGCGCCUGGAGAGAAAACGGCUGACCCCGGCCCCCGGCCUGCAACGUUCAGUCCGGUCUUCCCGCGGCUCGUGGGCUCUCGCGCUCCAGCCACCUGCGCGUCCCUCCACCCGUCCCGGGGGCCCCCGGAGCCCUUCCGCCAUGCGGCUCCUGCCUCUGGCCCCGGGUGGGCCCCGGCGGGGCAGCCCGCGCCACCUGCCCUCCUGCAGCCCAGCGCUGCUGCUGCUGCUGCUGCUCCUGGGCGGCUGCCUGGGGGUCUCCGCGGUGGCGGCGGGCUCGCGGAGGCCCAACGUGGUGCUGCUCCUCACCGACGACCAGGACGAAGUGCUCGGCGGCAUGACACCACUAAAGAAAACCAAGGCUCUCAUCGGAGAGAUGGGGAUGACUUUCUCCAGCGCUUACGUGCCAAGUGCUCUUUGCUGCCCAAGCCGCGCCAGCAUCCUGACAGGGAAGUACCCGCAUAACCACCACGUCGUUAACAACACCCUCGAGGGGAACUGCAGCAGUAGGUCUUGGCAGAAGAUCCAGGAGCCAAACACUUUCCCAGCAAUUCUCAGAUCAGUGUGUGGUUAUCAGACCUUUUUUGCAGGGAAAUACUUAAAUGAGUAUGGAGCCCCAGAUGCAGGUGGACUCGAACACGUUCCUCCCGGCUGGAGUUACUGGUAUGCCUUGGAAAAGAAUUCUAAAUACUAUAAUUAUACCCUCUCUAUCAACGGGAAGGCACGGAAGCAUGGUGAGAACUAUAGCGUGGACUACCUGACAGAUGUCUUGGCUAAUGUCUCCUUGGACUUCCUGGAGUACAAGUCCAACUCGGAGCCGUUCUUCAUGAUGAUCUCCACUCCAGCGCCUCAUUCGCCUUGGACAGCUGCACCCCAGUACCAGAAGACCUUCCAGAACGUCUUUGCGCCAAGAAACAAGAACUUCAACAUCCAUGGAACGAACAAGCACUGGUUAAUUAGGCAAGCUAAGACCCCAAUGACUAAUUCUUCAAUACAGUUUUUGGAUAAUGCGUUUAGGAAAAGGUGGCAGACUCUACUCUCAGUUGAUGACCUUGUGGAGAAACUGGUCAAGAGGUUGGAGUUCAACGGGGAGCUCAACAACACCUACAUCUUUUAUACCUCGGACAACGGCUACCACACAGGACAGUUUUCUUUGCCAAUAGACAAAAGACAGCUGUAUGAGUUUGAUAUCAAAGUUCCACUGUUGGUUCGAGGGCCUGGGAUCAAACCAAAUCAGACAAGCAAGAUGCUUGUUGCCAACAUUGACUUGGGGCCUACUAUUUUGGACAUCGCCGGCUACAGCCUGAAUAAGACACAGAUGGAUGGGAUGUCUUUACUGCCCAUUUUGAAAGGUGCCAGUAAUCUGACUUGGCGAUCAGAUGUUCUGGUGGAAUAUCAAGGAGAAGGCCGUAACGUCACUGACCCCACGUGUCCUUCCCUGAGUCCUGGAGUCUCUCAAUGUUUCCCAGACUGUGUGUGUGAAGAUGCUUACAACAACACCUAUGCCUGUGUGAGGACCAUGGCGGCACUGUGGAAUUUACAGUAUUGCGAGUUUGAUGACCAGGAGGUGUUUGUAGAGGUCUAUAACCUGACUGCAGACCCAGACCAAAUCACCAACAUCGUGAAAAGCAUAGACCCAGACCUUUUAGGAAAGAUGAACUAUCGGCUGAUGAUGUUACAGUCCUGUUCUGGGCCGACCUGUCGCACUCCAGGGGUGUUUGACCCCGGAUAUAGGUUUGACCCUCGUCUCAUGUUCAACAAUCACGGCAGUGUCAGGACUCGAAGGUUUUCAAAACGUCCUCUGUAGCGACCUCGGCAGUGGACCCCUGCACGCCUCUUUCUGAUGAAGUGAUUGUAGUAGAUGUCUGUAGCUAGUCUUCAAGACCACGCCUGGAGGAGUUUCUGGACUGGCUUUGUUUUAAGUCGUGUUUGAAAAAGCAACCCAACCAGCUGACUUCCUUGUGCAAAGUGUUAAACUGUGAACUCUGCCCAUGUCGGGAGUGGCUGUCCCUGGUCCCUUCACUCCACUGAUAAGGAAUGCUCCUGAGGUCUUUGUUCUCGCCAUACACUUUCUGUCCUGGGGCUACACUUCUUGAUUAUUCCCCAUGUGGUCAAAGUCUGAAUUUGUAAAUCCAUUCAGAUAAAUGGCAAUACUUCAGGGGGAAAAAUGUUUUUGAUAUAUAUAGCUUGACCUAAAAUCAAAGGACCUGCGUAGCAUUUCAGAUUGAGCACCUCACUGUCAAAAA